GAAGAAUUUAUACAACUCCAAAGAAAAGCAUCAAUGGUGGAAGAAGCUUGCUUGUGAGAUUAUAUUCAGCGACGUCGAGUGAAGAAGCAGUGAACCAUAAGUAGAAGAGACAGAGAGAGAGCAAGCGAGAGUGAGAGAAAGAGAUACGUGUGUGUGUGUGUGUUUUCGCUUUUUGGCUUUCUUCGCCGAUUCCACGAACGGCGUGAAUCGACUUUUCUCCAGAUCUCAUCUCUUCAAAAUCUGCAGGCGAAUCGAGAUUUGUCAGAUCUCGUUUUCGCUUGCACGAGAUUUCAGAUCUGAUAGUGUCGGUGUUCAAUUUUCUUCAAUUCAAAUGGAGAAACCGGAGAGCGAGAAGAAAUCGGCUGUUUCCGACGUCGGUGCAUGGGCUAUGAAUGUAAUCAGCUCCGUUGGAAUCAUCAUGGCUAAUAAACAGCUCAUGUCUUCCUCUGGUUUCGGAUUUGGCUUUGCUACAACUCUUACGGGAUUUCACUUUGCCGUCACUGCACUUGUUGGUAUGGUGUCAAACGCUUCGGGAUUAUCAGCAUCAAAGCAUGUUCCUCUUUGGGAGCUUCUCUGGUUCUCAAUUGUUGCUAAUAUCUCCAUUGCUGCUAUGAACUUCAGCCUUAUGCUCAACUCUGUUGGCUUCUAUCAGAUUUCGAAAUUGAGCAUGAUUCCGGUGGUAUGCGUGUUGGAAUGGAUUCUACAUAGCAAGCAUUAUUGUAAAGAAGUGAAAGCUUCUGUAAUGGUUGUGGUUAUUGGUGUUGGGAUUUGUACUGUGACUGAUGUCAAAGUUAAUGCUAAAGGUUUCAUUUGUGCAUGCACUGCCGUUUUCUCCACUUCUCUGCAGCAGAUUAUCAGUGGUAUCUUGAGGACCUUUUGUCUCUUUGAUUUCGAUUUAUGUCUGAUCUGUAUGUUAAGCCUCCCAGAUCUGAAUUCAAAGGCUAUGUUUGUUAUCAUCCGUAAAACUGGGCGUACACAUUUCUGUUGUGCUUGCUGGAAUCCUGAAAAGUCUAUAGGCUCUCUGCAGAAAAAAUACUCAGUAGGAUCCUUUGAAUUGCUGAGCAAAACAGCCCCAAUCCAAGCUAUUUCACUUCUCAUCUUUGGCCCCUUUGUUGACUAUUUCUUGAGUGGCAAAUUCAUAUCUACUUACAAGAUGACUUAUGGUGCCAUCUUCUGCAUUCUUCUCUCUUGCGCCUUAGCUGUUUUCUGUAACAUAAGUCAAUAUCUCUGCAUUGGAAGAUUCUCAGCGACAUCAUUCCAAGUUCUAGGCCACAUGAAAACAGUAUGCGUCCUCACAUUAGGUUGGCUUCUCUUUGAUUCCGAGAUGACAUUCAAGAACAUCGCCGGGAUGGCCAUAGCCAUUGUUGGAAUGGUGAUCUAUAGUUGGGCGGUUGAUCUAGAGAAACAGAGGAAUGCAAAGUUAACGCCACACGGCAAAAACAGUAUGACCGAAGAUGAGAUUAAGCUACUCAAGGAAGGAGUUGAGCAUAUCGACUUGAAAGACGUUGAGCUCGGUGACACUAAACCAUAAGGGUGUGCUUAUACCCAUUUGAAAUUUACACGUCGAAACUGAUUUUAAUUCUUUAUACAAAUAUUUCCUUUGUGUGCCAUUUACUUGUUCAUUCCACCACAUUCUACAUGUCUGAGACCAUUUUGGGCUUCUCAGAAAGCCCAUAAAUCCUUCUUUGCUUAAGGAGAAGGCCCAUCCUUGAAUAGUGAAUGUCCUAUAUAGUAAGUAAUACAGAAAUGUCAACUGAAGCAUGUGAUUUUAUUCAUUU